AUGGUGCAGGGGCAAGGCAACCUAGAUGAUAGGAUGGGUUGGAUGAGUGCGCGGUGGGAAGCUCCGCCAAGGGGCUGUAUAAAAAUCAAUUGUGAUGGGAGUUAUAGUGAGCAGCAGCAGGUGAUGGGUGCUAGAGGGGUGUUUCGUGAUGAGAAGGGAUCGUGGUUGUUGGGGUACAGGAACGCAAGUCAGGGUGGUAACGCUUUUGAAGCAGAGGCGAUGCUAUUAAUUUGUGAAGUUGAUUGCAGGGAUCUUCUCGAUGCUAUUCAAAGGAAAGAUGUGGCGCGGUUUGUUCCUACAGUCCAGCAUAUUCGCAACCUUCUGGGGAGGACAUGGCAGGUUUCCACUACUAAAAAAAACACGAAUUAG